AUGAGUGAAGUUGGAGUAAAAGAAAAGAAACAUAAAAAAGGAUUAUUUGAUUUAUUCUCUCGAAUUAAACAUACAACAAAUGAAGAAAAGAAAGAAAAAAAAGAGAAAAAAGAAAAGGAGAAAAAAGAAAAAGAAGAAGCAAAAGAAAAGAAGAAAGGACAUGGAAAAAAUGAUUCACAAAAUAUUAAAACUCCACCCAUUGCUGCGAACCCCAAACUAUCAGGUUAUGCUACUGGUUCAAUGGUUAAUCUUUUAAAGAAUAUGCCUGAUUGGAGAGAUCAAACAAGAAAAGUUGUUGUUGAAGGGAAUUUUGAAACAUUUCCUAUUGCUGGAGAUUUACCACGUUUAUUAAAACAUUUAUCUAUUGUACGUAAAACAAAUGAAAAUGAAAUUUCAUGUUUAUUCCCAGAAGAUGGAAAUAAAACUGAUGGUAAAGUUAAAAUUGUAGUUGAUGUACAAGGAAAUAAAGUUACGACAGGUGAUUGUUUAAAAGUUAUUCAAUGCAUUACUAAAAUCUUUGAUGAAAAACAUUGUGAACGUGUAGAAAAAGAAUGGAAUGCUGUUAUGGAUAAUUCAGAAGAUCUUUCUGUUCAAAAAACAUUUUUAAUGAGAGUAUUAAAAAGUGUUUAUGUUGAUGAAGGAUCAAAUGAAGUAUCCCCUGUUAUUACAUUUUUAAAAGCAAUUAAUCAAAAAAUUAUUGCAAGUUCUACUAUGAAAUUAAAAGCAGUAUGUGGUAAUUUGUUUAUUAAAGAUGCACAACCAAUGGUUUGGGAAAUUGCAGUAAUUCUUGAUGGUGAUAAAACUAUUAUUUCUCAUUAUAGAAGACAAGAAACUACAUCAAAAAAUUCAGAAGAAUAUUUUAGAUUUUUGUGGGAAUUACGUUUAGUAUUUAAUAAAGAAAUGACUCAAUUACAAGAAUUAAAAAUGGGUAUUAAUGAUAUUGAAUUUAAUCCAAAUACUAUUUCAUCUGUACGUGAAAGAGUUGAGUCAACACUAGAAUCUCUUAAAUUUGAAGAUUGUGUUGUGUCUGACUUAGAAGAUUCAAGUUCUGAAGAAGAAUAA